AAAACAUUAUUGCACGGGUAAGUUUGUUGACAACGGUGACGGGACGCCGCCUGAAAAAGAGAAAUCCUCAACCCCGCGGUCCAGCUGCGGAUGCUUAAAACUUAAAGUCGAGAAAAAAUGUCGUCGUCAUCUCCGCCGUCGAUAUCUAUUUUGGAAAAGACGCCCACGGACGAAGAAUUCGUUACCCAGAUAGAACCUCGGAAGGUUCCCGCGGUUUUUAGCGGGUGUAUUAAGAAUUGGAAAGCUUUUUUGGACUGGAAUCCCGCAAAUGGUGGUCUCGAUUAUCUGAAGGUUGUUGCCAAAAUUGUUACUUAAUUAUGUGAGAAGUGAUUUAUAAGUUUUUUUCCAGUUGUUUAGAUUAUGUUUUGAAAUGUUUUUGGGAAUCCGUUAAAAAAGCUGAUAUGAAUGUGUGUUUGAAACAUGUAAAUGCUGUAAAUGCUGUUAGUCUCAGUUGUACAGUGAAUGAUAUUCACACUUGAGCAAAUUCAUUUAUUUUCUUUAAAUAGAUGUUGCCAACAUCACGCCAAUCAUCCUUGCACAAAACUUUGAUUGUUGUUGUUUAUUUUUGAAUCUGUUUUGUUAGUUCGAUGAGAUUAAAAGAUUGAAGGGUCUCGACGAGUAAUGUGUUUUUUUUUUUGUUUUUUUUUAAGCUUGUCAGUAAUUUUGAGUUUUUGACUAAUGUUACACAACAUUUGUGAUUAGAGGGUUUUGGAAUGAUGCAAUACUUCUUACCUGUGCUUGGCACUUUGUUGUUUUUAAUGAUUCAUAUUCUGUGGACAUUAUAUGUAAUUCAAACUUUCUUUUCUGUUCUGACAGAGGCAGUCUCAAAAUAUAAAUGAUGUCAUGUAAUUGCUAAACUGUAUUGUAAUACAUUGCGGCACCCAUGAUGCAUUGUGCAUCUCAUGGAACUGACUUGUUUCUAAUGUGACUAGGAAAAGGUCGGAUUAUCAACUGUUGAGGCGAUGCUUUCUCCGCAAGCACCAAUCUUUUAUGGAGAUAUCAGGAGUCAUGAAAGGGUUUCAGUGUCAUUUUCUACAUUUAUUGGACAUUGCAAGGCUGUGUUGAAAGAGAGAUGUGUUGCUGAGGAUGGUAGUUCCGAUUCAAGGAAGCCUAUACUGGCUGACAUCCCAACUGAUCAGAGUGAUUUGCAGGGGCAGAUUUAUCUUGCACAGGUGCCUAUUGUGAAUGUUGAUUGCGAAGAGAAGGUUCAGUUGAAUUGUCUGAAAGAAGACAUUGAAGCUCCUCCAUUUCUGGCUUCUAAGACCUUGGCAUCAGUCAACUUGUGGAUGAAUAGUACUCAAAGUAGAUCAAGCACUCACUAUGAUCCGCAUCACAAUCUUUUAUGCAUUGUCUCGGGAUGUAAACAAGUUGUGUUGUGGCCACCUUCUGCAAGUCCCUUUCUGUAUCCAUUGCCAAUCUAUGGUGAAGCCUCAAAUCACUGUGCUGUGGAUAUACAAAAACCAGACUUUUGUGCAUAUCCAAGAGCAAAGCGUUCUGAUGAUUUUUCUCAGAAGAUAAUUCUUCAUGCAGGCGAUGCUCUAUUUAUUCCCGAAGGAUGGUAUCACCAAGUGGAUAGUGAAGAUUUGACUAUAGCUGUCAACUUCUGGUGGCGGUCAGACAUGAUGUCUGGUUUGUCGGAGCACAUGGAUUCCUACUAUCUGCGCAGAAUACUGAAAAGGUUUUUUAUUUUUCCGAAGAUGAACGAGAUGCUCAAUCUCGCUUCUGUUGCUAAUGAUGAAACAAAAUGCAAUAAGAAUGACCAUCCCUCUUCCUGGAAUGCUGGUAAAGGAGAAAAUCUUGAUUUGGUGGGUAAACCUUUUGUAGGGGAAAAUCUAAAGCAAAUGUCUCUGUUGCAUGAACUGGAUUCAGUUGCAAUCUCUGCUCUUCAUGAACUUAUAUCGUUGGUUCAUGAUCGCGUCAAGCCAAGCCAACACAUAGAUUCCACCAAAGCAGAUAACAUGAAAGUGGACUUAUACAACGUGUCAGAUGAUCCGAUAGCUAAAGUUUUGUGGACUCUCGAACCGCUUCGCCUGCAACGUGUUCUUUUCAUCAUGGCAAAUAAUUUUCCAAGAACUUUGGAGGCUUUAAUAUUGCAUGUACUGUCGCCUGUUGCAGCAGAAGUCCUUACUCGAAAGUUUGAGCAGAUGGAUGAGCUGAUUAAUGAAGAAGAUAGGAAUGAGUUUUACAAGAUCCUUUACGGCGUCUUUGAGAAUCAGUUUGCAGCCAUGGAUGCACUUCUGAAUGGAAAAGAGUCAUUUGCACGGAAGGUAUAACAAUUUCUAUGAGUGAAUAUUGGUUUGGAGUGAUUCGUUGCCAUCCAUAUUUGUUCUUCACAAGUGUGUGUGUGCGCGCGUGCGUGUGUCUUUCCUUUGUUUUCUUGGGGAUUUUGAAGUGAGUUGUCUAUUUGUACUGAUGUUAAAUACAUUUAUGUAUAUAGUAGGACAGUAUGACUUGGAUAUUUCAUGGACUCAAAAGUGAUGAGGAUCUUCUUGUUUUAACAAAGAUUAAUAAUAUUAGUCUAUUUUGAUCAUUAUUUUUCUGAAGUUUUGGUGCUAUGCGUGCUCCUCUCUUUAGGUAAGCCAGUUUCCUAGGGGCCUUAGGUUGUUUUUGGUUUAGAUGAAAUGUUGUGAGGACUUGGCUUCUAACCAAGGUUAGUAUCGGCUUUAUUUUUAGUGAGAGGAUCUGAGUAUCAUUGGAAUGCGGGCUUAGAUAUCUAAAACAGUGUUUUUACUUUCUUGGCCUUUUGGUUCUGUUAUUUUUUUCACUAGUUUAUUUUUGCUUGGUUUGCGCUGCGGGAUUGGGUUGGAGGAGGGAAAGAGAAGUGUGAGGGUAAUUAUAAACUAGAAGGAUCAAGUACUCUCUGGAGGAUCUGGAACAAUGUACCACUUAGCUGGCACUUCGUGAAUUCUUAUGUGAGUAAAACUCAUAUGUGAUGAAAUUGAUUAUAACUCGUGGUACUGCUGCGUCUUUAAUUAUUUCCACGAGUAUAUAGCACCACUCCGUGAAAUCAAAUUCUUAUUUCAACGGGAAAAACAUUAUUAAUCUCAUUUCAGUCCGUCUCUGUGAUGCAUUGCUCCUUUAGUCGUAUGUCAAGAUUUUUUUUUAUUACGAUAUUUUUGCAUUUGAAGUUACCUAUUAAUCUGCCACGAAUCGUGAUCUACACUUCAGGAUUGCUAGCCCAGUCAGUUUUUGUGUUUUCUUUCUUCUCUUUUUUUUUUUUUCCUUUGGGAAAAGGGUGGGGGUUCAUUUGUGGGUCUUUGAUGAUGGAUAUUUUUUGUGGCAUCUAAUUCUCUUUUGUCUGUUGUUGCUAACUAAAGGUGUGGGUUUCUUGAUAUGAUUGAUUGGAUGUGCCUCUAUGUUCAUUUCCAUUAUCAAUAUCAGCCCCCGGAAUGUAAGGAACAUGCUCCUAAUGAUGCAUAAUUGUUACUAUUAUGUUGGUGAAGGACUAUUAGAUCGUGAGUGGCUGUGCUAUUCAUGUAAGCUCGUGUCUAAACUAAUCUUUUUGGUGCUUC